AUGACUCAACGAGCUCCAAAAGUCUCUUGGACACCCGAAGAGGAUGCACAUUUAACAAGCUUGAUCAAAGAACAUGGCACAUCCUGGGCCAUUAUUGAAACUCAUUUUGCUCAUCGAGAUGCAAAAAGUUGUAAAAAUCGGUUCGCUGUAAUUCUUUAUGAUUUUCUUUCAUUCGCUUGCUUGUUUGAUUUUUCGUUUAAUGUCAAUGUUCGGACUCAGAUGCAAGUACACCAAUAUCUUAAAAGACGCUCCACAGAUUGGACUGAUGAAGAAGAUAGCAAGCUUAGACAAGUUGUGGAAGAUAACAGAAAAGCCUUUAGCGAGGUUUGGAAACUUGUGGCCGAAAAAAUUCCCGAUAGAACUUGGCAGCAAUGUGAAAAAAGAUGGAACUCGAUUCCAAAACCAAGAAAAUAG